UAUUUUCAGACUGCGGAGGCUGCGGAAAAUUAGAAAGGGGUCUAGGUAAUUUUACAGACGAUGCGCUGCGCAAUCCGAAAGCUCGUGCUUGAGGGAACACCCACUGCAAACGUGCUGAGCACCAAUAUUAGACUAUUCAGAAAACAAAGAAAGCGACUUUUACUUGUUAAGUGUCCGAUUUAGCCAAACGAAAGCCAUUGCCACUUUCAUGAACAAUCAAAUGUUUCCGUUUUGUGUUAAGACGAUUGGUGGAUUCCACACAGCUCACCGAUGCAAAUAUCCCAUUAGAAUUCACGUGUCAUUUUCAGAGCUUCAAGCCCCACCUCUUCAGGUAAAGACAUGAAGACAGAACCUGUGACGGACAGCGCAGAUUACACAGGGCUGGAGCUGAGAUCCUGUUUGAUUAAAAAUGAAGACACAGAGGAGAGUAUAGAGAGGAAGAAUGGAUUUGGGAUGAGCAGGGAGGAAGAACUCAUUCUCUCCAACAUAAAGGAAGAGGAGGAGGAAGGUGGGGAGAGGCAGAGGGAGGAGGUGAAGACAGAGGAUGGUGUGAAAGAUGAAGUGGUUGAAAGAAAUGACUGGGACCCAGAAACUGAGGGGGGUGAACAGGGGGAGGGAGAUGUAAUGGACCAAACCCUCCAGACUGACAGGAUAUCAGAUUUCAAACAGGAAGAGGAAAGCUUGACAUCCCUGGUUACUUCCUGUUUGCUAAAACAGUCUACAGUGCCCUUCCCUGCACCUCCUGUCAUCUCUUCCAGGGCGGGAAAAGCAGGGCAGUCCGAAGCAUUUGGCUGCUCCCAGUGUGGGAAGAGCUUCAAGUCUCCAUCUUAUUUGAGGGUACACAAGCGAACUCAUACAGGAGAGCGCCCGUACCAUUGCUCCCAGUGUGAGAAGAGCUUCAGGUGUAAAUCUUACCUGACGGUACACCAGCGAACUCAUACAGGGGAACGCCCGUACCACUGCUCCCAGUGUGAGAAGAGCUUCAGGUGUAAAUCGUACCUGACGGUACAUCAGCGAACUCAUACAGGAGAGCGCCCAUACCACUGCUCCCAGUGUGGGAAGAAUUUCAUAUGUCCUUUACAACUGAUGUGUCACAAGCGAAUCCACACAGGAGAACGACCCUACCACUGCUCCCAGUGUGGGGAGAAUUUCACUCAGUCAAGCAGUCUGACAGAGCACAUGCGACGUCAUACGGGGGAGCGGCCAUACCGCUGCUCCCAAUGUGGACAGACGUUCAGUCACUCCAGCAGUCUCCGCUCACACGAACGUCGUCAUACGGGAGAGCGGCCAUACCACUGCUCCCAGUGCGAACAGACCUUCAACCAUCCCAGCAGUUUGAAGUCACACCAGCGCCGUCAUACGGGAGAGCGCCCCUACCAGUGCUCCCAGUGCGAGAAGAGCUUCAGAUUUGCAUCAGACCUGACGGUACACCAGCGAAUUCAUACAGGAGAGCGCCCAUACCAGUGCUCCCAGUGCGGGGAAACCUUCAGUCACUCCAGCAGUCUGUCAUCGCACCAGCGCCGUCAUACAGGAGUGCGCCCAUACCAGUGCUCCAAAUGUGAUAAGACCUUCAGAUAUGCAUCAAACCUAAGAGUUCACCAGCGACUUCAUACAGGGGAGCACACUUAACCCUGUCUCCAGUGUGGGAAGAGCUUCAUAUGAAAAUCAAAACUUCAACAUACACCCGAAUAUCCUUACAGGGGAGUGCCCUAAGUGUUAACUUCAGUGAAUUAAGUAGUUAGACAUUACGCCAACAGAUUCAAAAAGUAAAGUUCUGGUACAUUCCCCAGAAAACUUCUGAUUCUGACUCACUGUGGUCUUGGAAAUGCCCAGUACGCAGUGCAGAGAUGUUACAAUUAGAGACAAAUUAACUUGGUCCUUAAUUCACUCUAAAGCACUUUGAUAUCCAUGAAAUAAACUUUGCGGAUGCAAAAUGAUUAUUAAUUAUUUUAUUUUUUUCAUUGACCAUUGUGAAUUUAGUGGCAUUAGAAAUGUGCACAUCUGCCAUUCACUACUUGUUCAUUCUUUGGUCAAUGAGAUGAAUGAAAUAUUCACUUGAUGUCACACAUCCAUGUAAAUAAAGUGCUGUAAUGUCUGGGGUCAUUGUAUUUUGUCCACUGGGUCUGUCUUUCAGCAACAGGAUUUAUCUCCGCUGUAUGACAUUGCUGCAGUUGAAGCACACAAUAAUUUCGGAUGAACUGUUUGUCAGUCUUUAUAGAGAUUAUGUUUCCACAUAUUCAUUAAUAUGGCUGGAUAUUCUUAUGUUGAAAGUCAGGGGAAGUGCCAGACCUGGGAUUUGUUCUAGAACAUUCUGGUUACAUACCCAGUUCUGGAACACACUAGUUUCACAUUGCUCUGUUGGUGUGGAAAUGUCAACAUCCUGUCAGGUUAAUACGGUCAGUGCUUGUUGUAAACCUCGAAGGUGUACUGUUGACUGUUGAGUUGUACUGAUUUGAGCUUGUAAAGACUGGAAUGAAAAUAUUAAUGUUUUUAUUGAUAACAUACAAAAAUAGUUGCAUAUUUAUACUGCCGUAACUGUGUAUGUGGUCAGUAAAACCCAUUUGCGCAGUGGUACCUAAUUGUGAACUUGGAGCGGUGUUUGCGGGCCUCAGCGUAGCAGCUUGAAUGCUUGCACACCGUUGGACAGUCGAGCAUUUAACAUCACGGCAUAAUGUUCAGUCUCUCCCCUCGUAAUUGUUGUUGUUGUCCUCCGCUGCAUGACGAAAGCCAAUGCUGACAUCGCUUUGGGGAGUGAGGGUAGAGCAGCGGAUUACUCAGUCAACCCACCUCACCUGGUUACCUGGGUCUCGACGGUGUGCCGAUUUGAAAGCAAAAACCGGCAGACCCAGUAGAGAGUUCAUACUCUCUCUUUCUCAGUACUGGGACUUUCAGUGGCGGCAGGGUUUCAGAGAGUGGUUUUGGUUGGGGGGGGUGAGCAUACUAAUGAGAGAUGCAUUUAUUAUUAUUAUUAUUAUUCAUAGCUUAUUCUAAAUCGCUUUCAACCCAUGAGACUUCACGCCUGUUUGGAAGCUGUCUCCAUGUCACUGCAUAUGUCUGCGAUUCCCAUGGUCUCAUUGGAAGUCAUCAGAUUUGACACGGUUCGCCUUUACCCAGCGUCCUACAUCAACAGGCUUAUUAAUAAAGUUGUCUAUAAAGUUCAUAUUUUGUGUGAAGAUUUUAAAUGUACAGAUGUUGUCUCAUUCUAAUGCACUGCUUUUUUUUCUCUUCAUUAACUGUUGUGAAUUAAUAUAUUGGAAAAAUGCGCACAAUAGCAGUGGUGAAUGAAAUUAUUUGCAUAUGUCGGUUCAAUGACUAAAACGGGUAGGGUGGGUGGAAGAAAUGUUUUAUGAUUUAAUGUAUAUAUUUCUACAUAUCCAUUUGUAUUUGUGGAUAUAUCCCAUUAGAAGGUUGUGCUUUGAGUGUACCAGGGCAGUACCAUGCCUUGGAAUCGGUUGUAGAGCGGUUCUAGAACUAGGUUAUUGAGUGAUUCUCAAUCUCAGUCCUGGGGGGCUGCUGUGUAUGCUGGAUUACGAUCCAAGCUUAUUGUCCUACAUUGCAACCAAUUGUAAUACAAUACAGGCUUCAUAUUGCCUGAAACUUUGAGACACGGUGUCAUUUGUUUUCUCUGAUGAAAUUAUAAAGCUGUCAAGUCCUA